AUGCCAAUCCAAACUGCUCAUCUCAUUCCAGAGGCCACAGGAUACCCUCCCAGGGGUGGCGUACCUGUGGCGGGCGAGCCACGUGGUCAUCACGACGAGUUCAACUUGGACCUUACUCCUGGAGAGGUCUUUGAGAAGCGGAUGCCCUACGCCUUCGCCGAGUUCUUUGGCAGCUUCGAGGAGACUGGCGCUGUCCUCUACCCACCGCCACAAUGCUACAAGUACUACGAGAACAAGGCUAUGGGGGUCUGGGUGUUUGCGGGUUCAGGCUCGGUUUAG